UGCAAGGACGGUUAAGCCAAGGCCAAUUAUUGGGUCCGUAUAUCUUAACGCAAAGUACUGCUGACAACGAAUAGUUGUUGUAGUGCAAUGGCGUUACUUUUGGUUACGAGCUGACUGAAUCGAUAGUCUCAUACUUGAUUUAGCUACAGCCCGUACUUCAAGAAGUAACCAACAUCAAACAACAUAAUCUUCAAACAACAAAAACUCAAAUCGUCGAGGAUAUCGCGGUGAACCAAGUAUCUCCUUUAGAUCUUUCAUUUCCUAGUCUAUCGCCCCACAUCAGCAAUAACACCGCACAAACUAAAGUCGAUUUGGAUUCGGCACUAUUAUUACCGAUAGAUUCUUCUUCACCGUUACCCCAAUUCAAUUCGAUAUCUGCCGUCAUGGAAAACAAGGAUGGCGGUGCGGCGGCACCAAAUCGUGCUUCCUCCGACACAACCGGCACAAACACUUUAGAACCUGUCAAUGGUAUUGUUCAACCUCCAGUUUUGCCACCUCCUGACAGACCCGGCCGUGUCACCAAUCAAUUACAAUAUCUUCAAAAAACGGUUUUAAAAGCUGUAUGGAAACACGGAUUUGCUUGGCCGUUUCGACAACCUGUCGAUGCGGCCGAAUUAAAUUUGCCUGAUUACCAUAAAAUUAUCAAACAACCUAUGGAUUUGGGAACAAUAAAGAAACGAUUAGAGCACAACUAUUACUGGUCAGGAAAAGAAUGUAUACAAGAUUUCAAUACAAUGUUUACAAACUGCUAUGUAUAUAAUAAACCUGGUGAAGACGUAGUUGUUAUGGCUCAGACAUUGGAAAAAUUAUUUUUGACUAAGGUUGCUGUAAUGCCUAAGGAUGAAAUUGAAGUAGACGCACCUACACAAAAAGGAGCAAAGAAAAAGAAACCUAGAUCCUUAGCUCCUCCAGGAACUCUGGUUGGUAGUGUCAGAGGAAGACCGUCCUCAUCUCUUGGCUCAACAGUAUCAUCUAGUGUACCGAAUGCCAUUCCUAUUCCAGCAAUACCUGCUAUAGGUACUGGUGCACCUCACUCAGUACCUGGCAGCACAAAUACGACAACAACCGCAAUACCUGCAUCAAAUUCUAUAGCGCAUAAUUCUGUAUCAUCCGUCUCUGCUCAAGGGGUUUCACCGUUAACAGAUCCUUUAAGUUUUCAUGUUCCAUCCCAGCCUUUAAAUAACCCAUUGGCAGACGUAGUAGCGUCUCCAGUUUUACCACCUCAAGCACCUGCCAAAGUUAAGAAAGGCGUCAAAAGAAAAGCAGAUACAACAACUCCAACCGCAACAGCUUAUGAUGCUCAUUACGCAAGUCCCAUGGAAUCUAAAAGCGCCAAAAUAUCCACUAGGCGGGAAAGUGGUCGGCAAAUUAAAAAGCCAUCACGACCGGAGCAGGAUGGUUUGGUACCAUUUCAUCAAGCUACUGUGAUGCCAAUCAUGUCUGCUAGUCAACAAGCAGUCCUAGGUCAACAAAAAAUGAAGGAAAAAUUAUCUGAUUCUCUCAAGUCUUGCAAUGAAAUUUUGAAAGAACUGUUCUCUAAAAAACAUUCGAGUUGUGCAUGGCCUUUCUAUAAGCCUGUGGAUGCAGUCAUGUUAGGUCUGCAUGAUUAUCAUACAAUUAUUACUAAGCCAAUGGAUCUAGGGACAGUAAAACAAAAAAUGGAUAAUAGAGAAUAUAGAACAGCUGCUGAUUUCGCUGCAGAUGUUAGAUUGAUAUUUACAAAUUGUUAUCGAUACAAUCCACCUGACCAUGAUGUAGUAACUAUGGCAAAAAAAUUGCAAGAUAUUUUUGAGAACAGAUUCUCUAAAAUUCCUGACGAGCCACUUGGUCAUAUGGGCCUAACUGGCAUGGAUAAAGAUUCAUCGGGUAGUAGUUCUGGUAGUGAUAGUGAAAGCUCAAGUGAUAGUGAUGAUACAGAAGAAGAGAGGAAUUCUAAAUUAAAGGUGCUGGAACAAGAACUGUUGGCAAUGCAGGAGAAAAUGAGAAAGUUGGUUGAGGCAUCAGGUUCCAAAAAGAAGUCCAAGAAAAAAAUGAAAGACAAAAAGAAACCUGGUGCUAUACCAAAUGUUAGUGCAACUGGAAAAUCCAUGGCCAUGGCCCAAUCUCAUUUGUCGAAACAAAAUUCGGUCACAGAUAGUAUAGGGGCUAGUAUAGCAAAUGUGGCGAUGGGUGCAGGAGAUGUGAAGAUUCCCGGUGAUAUACACGGGCAUUCAACCAUUCAUCAUAAUCAGAAAUCUGCACUGCAUCACACGGCAGCUACCACUAGCUCCACGCCAAUCGCAAAAGGGCCUAAAGGACCCAAAGCUGGCACGCGCGGCCCUAAGGCUGGUGCAACAGGUGGCGCCGCGGGUAAGAGGCCGAAGGCAAGCAGCGGUCGUCCCGCAGGCAGUGGAGCGAAUGCAGCCAAUAAAAAGAAGGGUAUGGCUGCACAAGCACCAUUGGACUUUGAAUCGGAAGAAGAAGAUACGGCCAAACCAAUGUCUUACGACGAGAAACGACAAUUGUCAUUGGAUAUUAAUAAAUUGCCAGGGGACAAGUUAGGAAGAGUGGUACACAUCAUUCAAUCACGUGAGCCAAGCCUUAGAGAUUCAAAUCCUGAUGAAAUAGAAAUAGAUUUUGAGACCUUGAAGCCUUCGACGCUUCGAGAGUUGGAGAGCUAUGUCGCUUCAUGUCUACGUAAAAGCCGUAAGCCUUACUACAAGAAGGUGUCUGGAAAAUCAAAAGAUGAACAAAUGGCUGAGAAAAAACAAGAGUUAGAAAAAAGACUUCAGGAUGUAACUGGUCAACUUGGAACUGCCAAGAAACAAAACAAAAAAGGAAAAGACGAAACCGGUAAAGCUGAUGCCGUCCCCUCGGCUGCUGGACGACUGUCUUCAAGCAGUUCUUCAUCGGACAGUUCAAUGUCGUCCAGUUCAUCAGAUUCGAGUUCUUCAGACUCUUCCGAUAGCGAAGCAGGUUAGCCACAACAACAAUAAUGCAAAACGCGAUUCGUUCGAAACAAGGUCUUUAAAAAAAGUUAUUUGUAUGGCUACUACUACACUUUGUAGUA